AUGAAUGAGGAUCAAUAUUUUUCAUUGAGUAAGCAUUUAAUUCUGGUUCCUUGUCAUUCAAUUUGGGACCCAACUUACAGAUCAAAUGAUAAAAUUGGAAACUAUGGUCAAGAUGGUGGAUCAUGGGACCUUGCAGAUUUCCAAAAAGAGGGCCACGAUCAUAUCAGUUUUAUAAAACAUGCAUUAAAAGCUGUCCAGACCUUGAUUAAACAUAUUGUCAAAAACAAUGAUAUUUUGGAUGAAUCAUUAAGAAAUUAUCCCAUAUUAAUAUUUAGUGGUUCACAAACUUGUAAAACAACAAGAGAUUCUGAAGCCCAAAGUUAUUGCCGUGUGUUAAAUACCAUAUUCUCCAACUAUAAGUACGGUUCAAUAUCAGCUUUCAGAGGAGAUAAGGAAAUCGAAUGUUUGAUAAAAGAUAUAAUUUCAUCAGCUGCUGUUUUAGAAAUGGAUAUUAGUGAAAUAAUGACAAAAUCGUUUAUUACUACUGAAGAAUUUUCCUUAGAUUCAUUCCAAAACGUAUUGUAUUCUCUAUAUAGAUUUAAAGAAUACACUGAUAACUACCCCAACAAGAUAACUAUUGUUGGGUUUGGAUUCAAAAAAGAAAGGUUUCUGAAUUAUCAUUUAAAUGCUAUUAAUUUUGACCUUGAGGAUGUCGAAUACAUAUCAUAUGAGCCAAAUCCACUUUACUUGAACUAUUUGAAAAAUCCCAAUGACAUCAAAGAAAUAAAUAACGAUCCCAUAUGCAUAGGAUAUUACAAAUGUUUACAAAAAUCUGAAGAAGAUAAUGCUCUAGCUUUAUUUAAAAAUGAUUGGUAUGGUAUACGUGGUAAACUAGCUGAAAAAAAAUUUUAUCGCAACCAUCACAAACGAUUUCCCGGCUAUAAGGCUUUAGAGUUAAUUUCUUUUGAUGGAGAUAUUUCCGAUAGGGAGUUCUUUGACAGAUUUAUUAAAGGAAAAAUGCCAUGGUCAAAGCCAUCAAAGUUAAUUUAA